CAUGCAGCAGCAGCAACAACAACAAAAUCACAAUUACAAUAAUUGACGACCAAGACAUCGUCUCCUUCCCCGUCGACCACACCAUCACAGCAAAGACCUUGUCCCAGCUCAUAGUCGAACACUAGAAAAUCAACAAGCUACAAUGUCGUCCACCGAACCUUGCCAAAAGAAACAAAAGUUGGCCUCUUCUCCUACCAAAGAGACUGCUGCGGUCACCAAUCUUCAGUCAUUGGUAGAUCGCAACAAGGAUAUUUGGAUUGGCCAGAUCCUUCCGUGUCUGGGCAUGGGACAGUUUGCCUUUGUUGGUAGUGUCAACAAGCAGUGGAAGCAGCUCUAUCAAGAAUACUGUAACUCUGUCAAGGAUCCUCCUCUCAUCACCGAUGAAAACUAUGAUGAGCGCCUAGCAACUUACAAAGAUACUUACUAUUCGGCUGCCUUCUGCAAUGAGUCAUGUGCAGAAUACUGGAACAACGAUCAAGGCUCAGGGAAAAAUCCCAUUCAUGAAGAUGUUUGCACCACAAUUGCCAAAACAAGGUCUCUUCCAGUGAUGCGAUGGGCCAGAGAAAAGGGAUUUCCAUGGAAUUCAGAGACAUGCGAGGCUGCAGCACAAAAUGGGAGUUUGGAUAUUCUCAAGUAUCUUCAUCAACAGGGCUGCCCAUGGAACAAAUGGACAUGUGUCAGUGCUGCCCGGUUUGGACAUCUGGAUGUAUUGAAGUAUGCCCAUGAAAAUGGCUGCCCAUGGGACAAAUUGACAUGCAAAGGUGCUGCCGGGUUUGGACAUCUGGAUGUAUUGAAGUAUGCCCAUGAAAAUGGCUGCCCAUGGGACAGCAAAACAUGUGACAUGGCUGCUGAGGGGGGUCAUUUGGACACCUUGAAGUAUGCCCACGAAAAUGGCUGCCCAUGGGACAUGAACACAUGUCACAAAGCUGCCAAUAAUGGACAUAUGGAUGUCCUGAAGUAUGCUCAUCAGAACGGUUGCCCAUGGAAUGAAUAUACAUGUUACUUUGCUGCGGCAGGAGAUCAUUUGGAAGUUUUGAAGUAUGCCCGUGAAAAUGGGUGUCCUUGGGAUCAUUCUUCGGUCAUGGGAGCUGCACUGAGACAUGGGCGCAGGGAUGUCAUCAAAUGGGUUGAAGAGAAUGGAACCCCUGGUGAAGUUUGAAAUGUCAGUAUAAGGCUACAUGAGCAGGCAUUGAGCAGUUGCUUCAAACGAUACAUUUUGGCCUUUACCAGCCAUAUCUUCAGUAGGUCACCAGUCUGUUUCUGAAGCCGGCAACAAGCACGUGUAGCGCAACACUAAGAGAUCUAUAAUAGGUAACUCUUUAAAAAUGUAAACCAUGCCGCUGCAGGAGUGGAAACUGUGUAUGAAGCCGGCAAUCUUCGCUGUGGAUAGAUAGUCU